AUGGCGUUUCAGCCGGAAGAAGCAGCGCGGCAAGAUCUGAUGAACGACGACGUGGUCAGCGAGAUCCUGCUCCGCCUCCCGUCCGCCGCCGUUCUCCGCUCCCGUGCCGUCUGCAGGGCGUGGCGCCGCAUCGCCAGCAGCCCAGCCUUCGCCGCGGCCCACGCCCGCCGCCGCCCGCUGGAGCUCAUCUUCCAGCGCCACGGUCCGAGCGGCGCGCUCGAAAGCAUCCCGGCGGCCGCCCUCGACGAGCCUCAGCGCCGGUGCCUCGACGUUGAGUACCCCGAGGAAUCUAGCUGGCGAGGCUACAACCUGAUCGCUUCCUGCGACGGGCUCCUGCUGUUCCAGCGAGGUCGCGGCGGCGGCACCUACUACGUCUGCAACCCGGUAACCCGGCAGUGGACGACAGUGCUGCCUCGUCCCGCCGGCACCUUCACGCUGCCCUGCGGCUUCUACGUCCACGGGCCAACCCGCGAGCACCGCCUGCUGUGCCUCACGAGCGACCACCAGGGAUCGCACUACGUUUACUCGCUCGAAGCCGCCCAAGCCCGGCGGCUGGGACAAGCGUUGCCGGUCGUGGGGUUGUUGGUUGACCAGCCAAUCUGCUCCCUCAACCAUCGCGGGAAGCUUCACUGGCUGCGCCAUCCCCGGGUCAUCUUCUCGACAGAGAACCUCAUGGCGGCCGAAGACGACGACAAGUACAAGAUCUUGGCGUUUGACACCAUGUCGGAGACGUUCCGGCGGAUCUCCCGCCCGCCGCUGAGGAGGAGGGACGGCGUCGCCGAGUUCUUCCUGCUGGAGAUGGACGGGAUGCUGGCCAUGGCGGAUUUUCUCGAUGGUUCGAUGCACCUUUCGGUGCUGGAGGACUAUAAUGAUGACAAUAGCUGGACACGUCGUCUCCAGGUUUAUUUGCCGGCACCGUUGCAGCAUGCAUGUUGGGCGGUGAACGCCGACGUGGAAGGAGCAGCAGGGCAGGAUGUGAUUCUUCUAGGAGACAGCAGGACAUGUUGGGUGGGGCUAUACCAUGUCAAGCAGAAGAGGGUGUUAAAGAAAAUUCUACUUGCUGACAAUGAGAGGCGUGGAAUUGCGCCUCCCACGCUGGUGCAUGCCCUCUUAUUUAGGGACAGCCUUGAGCGACACAACUUCUUCCAUCUUCAUCAUAGUCCACAAUAA